CGAUGAACCAAAACUGCGCGAGCUGGAUUCUGGCAAGAAAGACCUCCGCAGUGCCUGCGUGUUGGCUGAGAAUCACCUCUUGUUACCUGCACCAUACACGCACAUACUUUCGCAGCUACUCCAUAUAUGGCACCGCCACGCGACUUGGACAGUAUCAGUGAUACUGACACGUUCAACAUACUUGUUGCUACCGACAACCACCUGGGCUACAUGGAGCGCGACCCAAUCCGCGGGCAGGACUCGUUCCUAGCGUUUGAGGAGAUACUGCAGCUUGCACAGUCGCACAGCGUCGACAUGAUUCUGCUGGGCGGCGACAUGUUUCAUGACAACAAGCCGUCGCGCAAAUGCCUGCACCAGUCGAUGGCGAUGCUGCGCAAAUACUUCGACUUUGGCUCGCAGUUCCCGCAGGUCAACUACGAGGACCCAAACUUUAACGUGUCACUCCCCGUGUUUUCGAUCCAUGGUAACCACGACGAUCCAUCGGGCGACGGGAACCUUGGGCUUGUCAACUAUUUUGGCAGACAGUCGGAGGUGGAGAAUAUACGCGUGUCUCCGGUGCUUUUGAAGAAGGGGUACACGCAGCUAGCGCUAUUUGGGCUGGGUAAUGUGCGCGACGAGCGACUGCACCGGACGAUCGAGCGCAAGAACAUGACAAUGUGCCGGCCAGAGGAGGAUGCCGAAAAGUGGUUCAAUUUAAUGGUGCUGCACCAGAACAGAGUCGCGCACGGACCCAAGAGCCACAUCCCAGAGCACUUUCUGAGCAAAUUCCUCGAUUUGGUCGUCUGGGGGCACGAGCACCAGUGCCAGAUUGAUCCUGAAUUCAACCCGCAGCAGUCGUUCUUUGUCUCGCAGCCUGGAUCCUCGGUGGCCACAGCGCUGUCUUCGGGUGAGGCCGUGGAAAAGCACGUCGCAGUGCUAAAAGUCAACCGCCGCAACUUCAAAAUCGACAAGAUCAGACUGAAGAACGUGCGGCCAUUUGUCAUUGAGGAUGUCGUGCUGUCCGAGGAGUCCUCGCUGUCGCCACAGAGCUCGGAAGACGAAAUCGUCGACUUUUUGCGUGACCGGGUCGAGGAAAUGAUCGAAAAGGCAGAGAGAAAAUAUAGAGACCAGGUCAAGGAGGGAUCCCCCGAUGUUCCUAACGGACUGGGUGACUCUCCAAAGCCGCUGAUCCGCGUGCGCGUCGAAUACAGUGGUGGCUUCGAGAGCUUUCACCCGCAGCGGUUUGGGCUGCUGUUUGCUGACCGCGUCGCCAACCCACGCGAUAUUAUCCACUUUUUCCGCAAGGCCAAAGCAGUGAGUCGGUCCGAAAGCACGGCGAGCCGAGUCGUGCCAUCAGUCCCACAGCCAGUCGAGACAGUCCAGGUCGAGAGCCUGAUCAGCGAGUUCCUGGAUGAAUCGAGCAUGCGGAUGCUGGUUGACGUGGAACUGGCCGAAGCGCUUCGGCUGUUUGUGCAAAAGGGCGAUUCGGAUGCGAUCUCGCAGUCGCUCAUCAAGACGAUUGGUGAUGUGCAGAAGCAGGUGCUGGGCUACGGCGAGGCUGUUGAUUCGGAAUCGCUCGAGGUGCACAUCGGAAAGGUGCAGCAGGAACGCAGACAACAGGCAAAAGAGAAUGGUGAACAUCUGGCCGUUGUGAGUGGGUCGACGGUAGUUGCUGCUGCUACUACUGGCACGAAAAAGAAAUCAGGAGUGACAGUAGCUGAUGCAAAAGCUAUCAAGGAGUUUGAGAUUACAGCAAAGAAGCCAGGUAGCUAUGGCGAGAUGCCUGAUCCGUACGAGCACGAUGACGGCGAUGAUGAGGACCUGAGAGAGGCUGGCGAGCGUCUGAGCUCGAAAGGCGUCGGCAAGGAUGAGAAUGACGACGAGAGUGGCGACGAGUCUGAUGAAAUGAAAAGCCAGGUCUCGCAGAGACCAGCGCCAGCCCCAAGAGUCGCGCGUCCAUCACGCACAGCACGAUCUACUGUCGCAUACAAGGGGGAAUCGGCAGCAAGCGAGUCGGAGGCGAGCCAUCUUAGCGAUGCGCCAAAGCUCCAGCAGCAGUGGCUAUUGACGAUAGCGACAGCGACCUUCAAUGGUGGUGAUAAUACGGCAUCCACCCCAGAGCCAAAGAGGAGGCGAGCUGCAAAGGCACCGGUGGCAGCGACUCGCGGGCGUGGCCGUGGCCGCGGGCGUGGAAAGGCAGCAAUGGGCAGAGGGGCAUCCAAAUUGCAGUUCACACAGAACUCGAACCAGAUGCCAGCAAUCAACAUUGACGAUGAUGAUGAUGACGACGACGACGAGAAACCCAAGGGCUUUGGCCAGUUUUCGUUGCGUAAAAAGUGA